CCUGAGGAAGAUUAUGUGAUUGCUUCGGUCUCUCUGGAAAAUGACUUAAGGUCAGUUACACAAGAUGCAUUAACCAUUCUUCCUUUAAGUUUUAGGAUCGUACAACAGUCUACACAGUCCGAUCCUAUUACCAAGGCAGUUUAUCGUUACCUCCUUGAUGGGUGGCCUAAAACCGUUACCGAUGCAGAGCUCAAACGGUUUUAUGCUCGACGUGAAUCUCUUACCACGGUACAAGGCUGCAUACUAUUCGGCGAUCGACUGGUUAUACCAUCGCCCCAUCGCAAGCGUAGUCUUCAUCAACUUCAUCGUGGCCACCCUGGAAUUCAGCGAAUGAAGGCAAUUGCUAGGUCUUAUGUUUAUUGGCCAACUCUCGACAGCGACAUUGUUGAUUUCGUCAAAUCCUGCCGUCAAUGUGCGAUGGCUGCGAAAACACCGCCGAAGUCAGCGCCGUUGUCAUGGCCUAAAUCAACAAAACCGUGGCAGCGCGUUCACCUUGAUUACCUUGGACCGAUCGACGGGGAAUACUACCUGGUUGUCGUAGACUCUUUUUCGAAAUGGCCUGAAAUUGUGCAGACGAGAAGUAUCACUACAGCCGCCACAGUGAAAAUCCUCAGAGAUCUGUUCGCUCGCUUGGGAAUGCCAGAGACACUGGUGAGUGAUAAUGGAUCCCAAUUCACCAGUGCAGAGUUUCAAUCGUACUGUACGAAGAACGGCAUCGAGCAUCUUACAACAGCACCGUUCCACCCUCAAUCGAACGGUCAAGCCGAGCGAUUCGUGGAUACGUUUAAACGAUCGAUUAAAAAGAUUAAGGAGGGGAGAGCGACAAUGUGUGAUGCUCUCAGUACAUUUCUUCAGGUUUACCGGAGUACACCUUGUUUUUCUUCUCCAGACGGCAAAUCACCAGCAGAAGUUUUGUUCGGUCGUCCGAUUCGUACUAGUUUGGAUCCGAUCGUGUACAAUUGGAACAAUCGAGCGAGAUUCAUCCCUUAAAGCGACAAUUCAUCGUUAAGGAUACGGUGUAUGCAAAAGUAUUCGUCAAGAACCAAUGGCACUGGGUUUCAGGAACAGUUUUGGAACGUGUAGGUCGUGCAAUGUACAACGUUCAGCUCGAGAAUGGUAAGCUUAUUCGGUCCCACGUUAACCAGCUUCGAGAUCGUGCUGAUUCAGAGCGUCGCAGAGUACCAGCAUUGACAGAUAGAACGAAACUUCCUCUCAGCAUUCUACUCGAUGCUUGGAACCUUCCGGCCCGUUGCGCACCAGAUCCAUUAGCACACUCAACACCAGUAGCACCCAUUCCAAGCUGCUCUAGUUCGAGCCAGUCGUCAGUACCAAAUACCUUGUUGAGAAGGCCCACAUUGUCAUCAGAGUCUUCGUUGUCAGCAUCGUCUUCGUCAUCUUCGACAACGCCGAAUUCAACAUCAGAAUUUCAGUCUGCUAAUGAAGCCGACUCAGCUGUACAGGUUCCUCGCCGCUCUUCGCGUGUACGAAGAGCUCCGCAAUGGUUCGAUCCCUAUCAGCUGUAUUAGAAGGGGAGAUGUUGGAGACGUGACCAUCCCUACAACUCAAUAGUAAUUGCUGGGCUCACUGGUGGCAGCCCGACUGUCACUCAGUUGAUGCACCGACCAGCAUCCGGUCUAUGUGUCAGAAGCAGAAUGUGAUAUGU